UUUACGAUUGUUAAUUUUUUAUCCUAUUACACAGAUUAUCGUGUGUUUUGGUGAAAAUGACAACGAUAUUUUGUAAUUAAUCAGACAAGUAUCUAUAUCUUGCCAUGUUUCCUUCCUGUCUUAUUCAAAUAUUAAAAGGAAAUCAUACAUACAAACCAUACCCUAUAUAUAUGUUGUAAACAUAUAGUUUAUUUGAUACGAUUCAGCGAUUAGUAAAAACAUAUAGUUUGUUUAUUUCGAUUCAUCGACCUUUUCUUGUUCCAUUGACAAAGUGUAACUUAUUACUGUGUGACUCCAAGGAUAUAACUUUAAAAUAUUAAUGAAAAAUAAACGAAUGGUACACAAACAACGAUCUGAAAUGAACCAUUAUCGGACAGCGAUAUUCCAGUGAAAGGGAACCAAACUUGACUUUAGAGAAAACACGAUUAAGGAAAAUCAUGGCUUACUGUGAAAUACUAAAGCUCAUUAAAGGAAUGUUAGUUUUGAUUCAUAUACCAACAGUGACUGUGGAUAAAGUGUCGAUAACGUACGCUGAACCGGGAGUUCUAUAUGGAUAUCGGUUGGAAUACCAGACGGUUAUUUAUUAUUUCAAGAGCAUAUUUCAGUUUCAUAAUGAAACCGUUAAUAUUUGGACUCAUCUAAUGCCAUUUUGUUUCGUAUUUUUGAAAACAUAUAGUGUCAUCAACACUUUAGAAGACGCUACAUAUUUUUCUGUGUUGUUAUGCUUUGCAUUUGGUUCCAUCAUGUACACAUUGUUCAGCGUCCUUGCGCACACCUUACACUCCAAAUCUCCUACAUAUCACUAUACAUGUUAUACUCUUGACUACAUGGGAAUAGGAUACUACGCGUUAGGUGCUUGUAUACUCGUAUACUACUGUAGUUGUCAUGAGAGAUACUACGCCAUGUUGGAGAACUGUUUCCUUCCCGUGGUGGUAGUAAUGAGCUGGUUUGGGUUCCUUUGCUGCACCGUUUCCAAACUUCACUACAGACGACCUUAUCCAUUUAAGCGAAAAUUAUGGAGCAUAUGUUCAUUAGGAUUUCAAUGUGUGAUAGUUUACUUUGUAGUGAUUGCUAGAUAUUAUGAUAGUUUGAUGGAUAAUACAAUAUUAUCCCCGAAUCAUCACACUCUUAUUUUUGUUUAUUUUCUUGUAUCUGUUUUGUUUUUUUCUAGUCACAUACCCGAGAAAUUCUAUCCUGGAAAAUUUGAUUUCAUUGGACAAGGACAUCAAAUUUUCCACAUAAUGGUUUCACUUGGAACUCUUGAACAAUUUAACGCAGCUAUGAUAGAUAUCAGGUAUCAGACUCCGUUACUGACCAAUCACAAACCUCAUGCCGAUCAGAUUUUACUGGCUAUGCUUACAUAUACAGUGCUGGUUCUUACUACCAUUUAUUUUCUUAGACCUACAAUACAAAAUCGUGUUAAAGAAGAUUCCAAAUUGGAGCAAAUGAGGAAAAAAUAGGGAUUUAUUUAUGAAAUUAAUUUACGCUUUUGAAAAAGGUAAACAAAAUACCUCAUAUUGGUGGUUUUAUAAUAAAACAUUAUAAAAAUAGGUAGCACAGUAAUUGUGGACUGGUCAGAUUAAUCAUAUUAAUGUUUGACUUACACUUAAGUACGUCGUACGCAUAAAGCCUCAAACAAUACACAAUUUAUUUAUGAAAAAAAUCAGACAGGGUAUUGGUUAAGUAAAUUAUGAAUGUUAAUAAAAGUAAUAAAUGCAUUAUUCUAUUUUCGGAUUUUCAGUUAAGUAUCAACAGGCCAAAGUUGUAUGAUAUCGUUUACCAAUUUCUGUGACGUAGCCCAUCAUUGUACCUUGUCAAAAACGCCUGUUCUAGACACACAAUAGCAAAGUGUGAUUUUUUUUGGUCGAAUUAAGUAAUAUCAUAUAUUUAAAAUGCAGUUGAAAGAUUUAAAUGGUACUCGUAUAUAAAAUAGAAAUAGAAGGUAAUAAAACUCAUCAGAAAUA